UCCUGUUCCUAACAGGCCAGCACCGACGCGGGGACGGCGGGAGCCCUGACACCACAGCACGUUCGCGCUCAUUCCUCGCCGGCUUCCCUGCAGCUGGGCGCUGUUUCCCCCGGGACGCUGACCCCCACCGGCGUCGUCUCUGGCCCGGCAGCUACGCCCACCGCUCAGCAUCUGCGACAGUCUUCCUUCGAGAUACCUGACGACGUUCCUCUGCCAGCCGGCUGGGAGAUGGCAAAGACAUCUUCUGGUCAGAGAUACUUCUUAAACCACAUCGACCAGACGACAACAUGGCAGGACCCCAGGAAGGCCCUGCUGUCUCCGAUGAACGUCACGGCCCCCACCAGCCCCCCAGUGCAGCAGAGCGUGAUGAACUCGGCCUCAGGUCCUCUUCCUGAUGGAUGGGAACAAGCCAUGACUCAGGAUGGAGAAAUUUACUAUAUAAACCAUAAGAACAAGACCACCUCCUGGCUAGACCCCAGACUUGACCCUCGUUUUGCCAUGAGCCAGAGACUGAGUCAGAGCGCGCCCGUGAAACAGCCGCCACCCCUGGCCCCCCAGAGCCCACAGGGAGGUGUCCUGGGGGGCAGCGGCUCCAACCAGCAGCAGCAGAUGAGGCUCCAGCAGCUGCAGAUGGAGAAGGAGAGGCUGAGACUGAAACAGCAAGAGCUGCUGCGGCAGGCAAUGCGGAAUAUCAAUCCCAGCACAGCAAAUUCUCCAAAAUGUCAGGAGUUAGCUCUCCGGAGCCAGUUACCAACACUGGAGCAGGAUGGUGGGACUCAAAAUCCAGUGUCUUCUCCCGGGAUGUCUCAGGAAUUGAGAACAAUGACGACCAAUAGCUCAGACCCCUUUCUCAACAGUGGCACCUACCACUCUCGAGAUGAGAGCACGGACAGCGGCCUGAGCGUGAGCAGCUACAGCGUCCCUCGCACGCCCGACGACUUCCUGAACAGCGUGGACGAGAUGGACACGGGUGACACGAUCAACCAAAGCACCCUGCCCUCCCAGCAGAACCGUUUCCCAGACUACCUGGAAGCCAUUCCCGGGACAAAUGUGGACCUUGGCACGCUGGAGGGCGACGGCAUGAACAUAGAAGGGGAGGAGCUGAUGCCGAGUCUGCAGGAGGCCUUGAGCUCCGACAUCCUCAACGACAUGGAGUCCGUUCUGGCCGCCACCAAGCUAGAUAAAGAAAGCUUCCUGACGUGGUUAUAGAGCCUCAGGUAGACCGAAUUCCCAGCCUGUGAAGGAUCUAAGGAGAUGAGACAGAUACGCCUGAAAUCGCCCAGUCAGCCAGUUGCCCUGUGCUGGCUAGUACAGAAAAUGAUGAACAAACGUCCAGCCAGAGCUUUUCAUCCACAUUUUGCUCUUCCUUGUCCAUUGCUGCUGUUAAUAUAUUGCUGACCUCUUUCACAGUUGGCUCUAAAGCAUCAAAAAAAAAACUGUUUUGUUUCUUUUGCUGUUGUAACUGCUGUCCGUGCGGGGGCUGGGGGAGGGGAGCCUGCUGGAUGGCAGAUGCCAGUCCUUGUGCCCAGCUAGAUGUUCACCGGUCGUUCUAACUAAACACUCAGACUCGGAAGUCAGACGCUUCACGCCACCGCACGUAAUGUGUUCGAGCAGUGGUCUCUUCAGCUGCCCUGGGCCGGUGGACACACGGGACUUGCUGGCCCGAGGCGCCAAAAGCAUUGUCUCUGAUAUCAAGUAUCCGAGCUGACAUGAGGCGGUAGC